AUGAUCGAGACCGCCACCAUGAGUGGAAUUCCGGUCGCCGAGGAUAACAUCAUCAACCGGCGUGGUGGUGAAUCAAUUUAUCAGAGCUGCGUCAACCUGAAAAGGAGGCUACAGGAAGUUCCCAGCUUUGAAUCCUAUCUGGAAAAGAUGGACGAAGAAGACCGAGAGCGCGGAAACACCGACCCCGUGGCUUCGUUGUGGGGCUUCCUCAGAGACGGUUAUCCGCUUUUAAGUCUCUACAAUGCCUCCGCCCCAGAGGAGCCGUUGGUUGUCGACCCGGCAAAAGUACCCGAAGCGAAGAGACCGAAAGCUGCGACAUUCAAGUUCUUGCAAGCAUGUCUGCAGGAACUCGCAUUCCCCCAGCAGGACUGCUUCCUUAUCACCGAUCUUUACGGCGACAGCACAACCGGGUUCAUCAAAGUGAUCAAGAUGGUCAAUCGCGUGGUGGAUAUUCUCGAAAUCCAGGGCCAACUGAAGCGCCCUGAAGUGACCGAUGCCCCGACUAGUGUGCAAGAAGCGGUCAAGCUUACAAAGCGGGAGCAUAUUCUGAAAGAGCUUCUGGAAACCGAGCGCGACUAUGUUCACCACUUGCAGAACCUCCAGGCGCUCAAGAAGGAAUUAGAGGAGACUGGUGCUCUAACAGGUGAUGCGAGUCAUCAAAUUUUCUUGAAUUUAAACAAUCUGCUUGACUUUGCCCAGCGGUUUUUGAUUCGGAUGGAGCAACACUACGCUCUUCCUGAGGAAAGUCAGAACUGGGGUCUGCUCUUCUCAUCGCAUGAAGAUGCCUUCCGACAGUACGAACCAUUUAUCGCAAAUCAAAUGCGCUGCGACGAAGUUUGUAUGCAAGAGUGGGAUAAAAUCCAGAAUGCGCCACGUCAACCUGACCUUCAGCAAAUGGUUGCUCAACUCAAAACCCUGAACGGAUUCUUUGUCAAACCAUUCCAGCGCCUAACUAGAUACCCACUCAUGCUAUCGGAACUUCGCAAGCAACUGGAAGACGAGAAACUCAAAGCUGAUAUCACAGGUGCCAUUGAUUCCAUUCAGGUCGCCCUUGACUCGGCAAACGAAGCUAUUCACAAGGAGCACCUGGUUUCAGCAGUGGUGGAUUUGUCUGAACGGGUUGAUGAUUGGAAGUCCUUGAAAAUGGACUCAUUUGGAGAGUUGCUUCGGUUCGGUACCUUCGCGGUGGUCAAAGGCGAUAGUGGCAAGGACAGUGAAAGAGAGUACCAUAUCUUCUUGUUUGAGCGCAUCCUCCUGUGCUGCAAAGACAUCAACCCGAACAAGCAGAAGACUAAGCUCAUGAUGAACAAAGACAAGCCGGCCCUUACAGCUAAAGGGAAAGCUCGUCUCCAACUGAAGGGCCGAAUCUAUAUGGCAAAUGUCACUGAUAUCGUCUGCCUCCAAAAGCCCGGCAUGUACCGUAUUCAAAUUUUCUGGAAGGGCGACCCGGGUGUGGUUGAUAACUUCAUUAUUCGUUAUGUGAAUGAGAGUACGAUGCGUAAUUGGUACAAGGAUAUUGAUACGCAACGGGCCAUUCAGUCGGAACGACGCACUCUGCGCAAUACUGGCACCUCGGACAGCGAGUUCACCUACUUGGAAGGCAUGACCAACAUACCAAAUCCAUACCAGGAGUACGAGGUCGACGAUGUUACCAAAGACCCGGCAUAUUACUCCGAGUUCCCCAUGAGCCGCAAUGCGUCAAGUACGAGCUUGCGAACUCGGUCUGCCACUGGCGGUAGUACCAACUCGGUGCCCCUUGCAAGUGCAAAUGGCCGGCCCCGAUAUGCAGGCACUGAUCCCACCCUCUCAGUCCACACCCAAUUUUCAGGUGCUGGCAACAUGUCUCCUAGUGAUCGGAACAUGAACUCAUACUUCUCACCUACAGACACACCUUCCACGCGUUCUAGCUCCCAAUCGACCGGGUUCUCAUUCGGCCGUCAAAACACCAAUUCUACCACUGCAUCCUCCGUCUGGAACGAAGAAAAUCAGCGCUAUACCGCACCGGCGUUAUCUCGGGCCACUUCAAGAGAUGGAACCACCCCUACAGGUUUCUAUCCCCCUCCACAACCCAAUGGACGUGCCAACCAACGUCCAUCUCUGCCACCGCUUUCCGGACCACAGUCUGCUGCCAACGGGACUGCCCAGCAGCGUAUGCGCUCCGCUAGUAGUCCGGAUAUCCACCAUCAUAACAAUCUGCCACCUGGGUCUGGUCGGUACAUGGGGGCCCACACGAUGCAAACUGUUGAUAAUGUUCCCGUGCCACCGAUUCCUGCACACAUGGCCAACAUGAAGGCUCCGGUCAACCGAAGUCAGAACAACUCUCCCACCAACAGUCAACUUCCAAUUCGUUCACAGCCUCAUCAUGUUCACCCGACACAUUUCACUGAGCCAGAGUAUAAUGAAGGCUACAGCUCUGGGCAGGUCUCCGAACAGGCCACCUCUCCUUUGAGUCAAGAACCCGAUGGCGACCCGUUUAUGCCGACACAGUUGAAGGCCAAGGUCAACUUUGACGAUAACUACGUUACGUUGGUGAUUGCAACUAACAUCCUGUUCCGGUCAUUGACCGACCGUGUGGAUGCCAAACUAGCUCGGUUCACCAACCGAUCCAUAGGAAACAAAACCGUUCGUCUACGUUACCGUGAUGAAGAUGGGGAUUUUGUCACUAUCGACAGUGAUGAGGCUGUUCAGCUUGCCUUUAUGGAAUGGCGUGAGCAGCAUCGGGACAUGCUGGCGAAGGGUUUGGUUGGUGAGAUUCAGCUGUACUGUCAAGUGGUUGACUAG